CCCACAUCAUGCUCGUCAAGUGGCAAGUCGGCUGUGGAGUCCCGACAGUGCGCUUCUAGAUGUGAAGCUACGACCUACGUAACGCCCACGGCCAUUGACGACGACUUGGGUCACGACGAAUGAUGACCAUCACCCACGGAGCAGUCGAGUCGUGGCACGAGCUCGGAUGCAUAGAAAUGGGUGGCAAUAAUAAAUGUGAGACGACUGAGGGGGGCCAGCACAGCUGCCUCUCUAAUGGGAUGCCGGUGUCAACAUAGGACGACUAGCUCAAGUUGGCAUGGUGGCGAGGAAAAGGGCAUUGCCGUGGAUCGCUUCCGCUAGAAUAAAGCCUGUGUCGCUCUACCUAUUUCCAAGUCAUGGAGCACCAUCUCGCCGUCGACGACUUCAUCCAUCACCACCUCCUCGUCGGCGACUUUGACCCCCUCCUCCUCCUCGUCGACCGGUCCCCACCGCCCAUCCCUCCUCCUUACCACGACGCCCCCCUAUACCCGACCACGACCGACGCCGGCCCGCCGUCGGGUCCGGACAUCGGACAGCCACCCGAGGGCGGGAGGCAACCGCUGCCGUCCUCGGAUGAUCUGUCCGUCGGCAGGCGGUACCGUGGCGUCCGGCAGCGGCCCUGGGGGAAGUUCACAGCGGAGAUCCGGGACCCCUGCCGCCGGGGGGCCCGGAUCUGGCUCGGGACGUUCGACUCCGCCGUCGAGGCGGCGAGGGCGUACGAUCAAGCCGCCUUCCGGAUGCGCGGUCGCAGGGCGAUCCUCAACUUCCCCAAUGACGUCGGGAGAUCCCAGCACCGUUUCCCGCUGGUGGCGGACGAUGCCAUCAGCCGCGGCGGCGGCGGCGGAGGAGGAGGAGAUGGCGCAGGUCGUCAUCCGUAGGCCGUAACUGCACGCUACAAGAAGCUAGACUGUCACUGUAGACUUCAUGUAGAAGACUUGUUACUUGUUGACGGGUUGAGUGGGAACAAGGGCAUUAUGGGUAUUGUAGGACAUUCCUCAGUUAUAUCUCAACUAAUACUCUAUAUAGCUGUGUUUGAUUUCUUUUCCUUUUGGCUUUGUGAGAAUAUUAGAUGGAAAUAUCAACAUGAUUGUAAGGUAAAGUUUAAUCAAACUUUUAAAUAAUUGGAA